UAACAAGAUUUUCUGCAGUCUUCAAAACUUCACCAUGAUUAUUUUGGGUAUCGGCUUGGUAUUGCAUACUCUCAUAAGCAUCUGCAUAGCUGACAUAAGAAACGAGAUCACUCGCCUAGAAAAGAAAUGGGAUCACCAGGAGGAGAUAUUUGAUACUUUAACUGACACUUCAAUAUACAACAAACGCCUUCGACCUGCUAGUGUUAAGGCCGGUGAACCUGUCAUAGUCAACACAAGUUUGUUUCUCAUCAGCAUGACGUCGUUUGACGAAAUUCAAACGGAGUACACUAUGCGAGUUUUGGUUCGACAUAUUUGGAUUGAUCCAAGACUCAGUUUUCCUGAAAACUGCACAGUGACUCGUGUGACCGGAGAUAAUUGGCACGCAGAGCGUAUCUGGACACCUUUAAUUUUUAUCGUGAACGAUAAGAAUGCAGACAAUUUACUAAGUACUAGUACUGGAGAAGGAAAUGUCUUAUUGGAUAUCCAACCAAAUGGACAAGUACUGUUGAGUCGAAGAGUACAUCUUCGACUUAUUUGUAAAAUGGAUUUCUGGAAAUAUCCAAUGGACAAACAAACAUGCAGACUUGAACUUGAAAGUAGUAUUUUGCGGGAGGAGGAAAUGAUUUUAGCUUGGGCAGAAGGUGAGCCACUCGCGCUGAAUAAUAAUUUCUAUUUGACAGGGUUUGAGCUUGUUGAUUAUACGUUCUAUUCAAGCCAAGCUGAAUACUGGAUGACAGGCAACUUUAGUCGUUUGCUGGUAACUUUUCAGUUAGAAAGAGAAUUUGGCAAUUUUCUUCUUGAAAUAUAUAUACCCAGUAUCCUUUUUGUUGUAACAUCAUGGACUUCAUUUUGGCUUGAGAUUCCGGCCGCUCCCGCUAGAGUGAGUUUAGGCAUCACAACACUGCUGACUCUUGUAACCAGUGCUAAAUCUACGAGGGAGAAGCUACCAAAGGUUUCUUACAUUCACGCUUUAGACGUAUGGAACGUUGGCUGUACAGCAUUCAUCUUUGCAUCUCUUAUUGAAUAUGCUAUAGUCAAUUUCAUCUACUUCAAGGACAAAAGACGACGGCAAGGUGGAUUAAAGAGGAUCGAAAGUACUGCCACCUUAAGUUCAUUAACAAGUGAGAAUAUACCUAAAACCCCUUUAACUCAAGUGCGAGCUAGGAGUCCCAAACUACCUCCGAAAUUACAAAUAAAUAGUUCCGAGCUCCAGCCAAGUGGAUUUUCAUGCAACACAUCCGCGCCAUCCACUCCAACAUCUCCUCAGUCUUCUGAAGGCAACUGUGCAUUCCCUUUUUUCUUUGAACUUCCUCUUACUCCGCAAGAUAUUGCUAAUGGGUUAGACAAGAAAUGCAGAGUCGUCUUUCCACUUCUUUUCUUGUUGUUCAACAUCAUUUAUUGGUUAAUUUUUUAGGUUUAAGAUCAUUAUUUACCAACAGCUUCAUUUGGUUUAAUCUUUAUUUAUCCGUAAUUGCUUUUAAUCAUUGAAUAUUUCAUUUUCUAUUCCAGUUUUUUAUUAAAUAACAAAACAUAAGAAUUCUGUCUUACUAUAGCGAAUUCUUUCGAUAGUUAACUUUAAAUACAAAAUGAUUGUGAAAAAGUAAAAGGUUUUAAGACAUAACUUACAAUGUUUUUAGCAUAUAUAUAUAUGUGUGUGUGUGUGUGUGUGUGUGUAUAUGUAUAUAUAUACAC